AUGGGAGAUAGCAAAGCAUCUAACAGUUUCGAUACAAAGCACAAAAUCAAUCAAAGUUCACAAAUAAUGUCUGGAAUGGCUCCAUACUUGUCGUCAUCUUCAUCUUCUUCUUCAAUGAAGAUGUUGAAGAGGAAAGAAGUAGAUGAAGUUAGUGAUGAAUUCUCCGAUUUCUCCCUCUCUGCUCCUGCUCGCAAAAUUCGCCGUCUUGUAUUGGAUGCUGAUUUACCUCCAAUAAUAGAGGAAGAAGAGGGAUCAACGGUGUCAGUUGGGUUUGUUGGAGAAGAGGAGGAGAAGAAGCAGGGAAUGCAAAUAGAGGAGUUGAUGAUGCCUGAAUCAUCGUCAUCAGCAAGUUCUGAUAAUGAAGAGAGGGCUAUUGUUUUAUUCAAGCCUGUUAAUAACCUUCAGUUACUUCAUCGUUCUCCUAAUGAUUUCUCUGUUUCUCUUGAUUCCAAUAUCAUGUCAGGCUUCAAAAAUCAAUUUCUAUGGUCAGGCCGAUCUGGUGAAGUAAAAUCACGUGAGGAAGAAGAAGAGGCAGGUGCUAGAAGGGAUAAUAGCAUGGCUGUGGUCCCUUGGGUUCCUUCUCAAGCUCGGCCUGUUUUUGUAGAAGAGAUGGUGGAUAAUAAUGCUACUGUUCCGCAAACUGAGGGUGUUGUAGAGCUGAUGGAUUCUGAGGAAACGGGAGAAGCAACAAUGGAUAUUGAAGAAGACAGUAAUAAUUACAAUUCUAGCGGAAGUGUAGGGCUAGGGCAAACACAAGGGAAUCAGCAAGUUGGAUUUGGUGGAAUAAGAGCAGGGAGUGAUGGCUUCCCUCAGUGGCAACAACAGCAUUGCAUGAUGCCACAGAUUCCUCAAAACCCCAACCCAACUCCUAUUUCUUGGCUCCAGUGA